GGCAUUUCAAGGACACUAUGGGAUUAACUCUUAAUUAUAACAAGUCUCAAAUCUUUCUAGGAGGAGUCACAAAUGAGAUCCAGAGUGAGAACUGGUAUGGCUAAAGGAGCUUUUCCUUUUAGAUACUUAGGUGGACCUAUAACUGCCUCCAGGAUAAGUGAGAGAGAUUGUGAUGUUCUAGUGGAUAAACUAACUAAGCAGAUUACUUCCUGGACCACAAAAAAUUUGUCUUAUGCAGGUAGAGCCAAGUUGAUCAACACGGUGCUGUAUGGUAUUAUUUCCUUCUGGAGUAGGAUCUUCUUGAUACCUAAUAAGGUAAUGAAGAAAAUCAUGGCCCUCUGCAGGAAUUAUCUCUGGAGUUCUUCCCCUGAGUAUAAAAAAUGUCCCUUAAUCAAUUGGGAGGAAGUCUGCUUGCCUAAACAAGAAGGUGGUUUAGGCCUUAAAAAUCUGUUGAAAUGGAACCAAGCCAGUAUCAUGAGGUUGAUCUGGGAUAUUGCUAGUAAAAAGGAUACUUUAUGGGUCAAAUGGAUCCAUACCAAAUAUUUGAAGGGGGCUACUGUUUGGGAAUACUCCCCCAAACAGGAUGACUGUUAUUACUGGAAGAAAAUGCUCCAAAAUAGAAAGCUGUUUCAAGGCAUGACUACUAUGACAAGUUAUGACAGCAAGAUUGGAUAUGAUUGGCUUAUAGGAAUGCAUACAAGGGUUGACUGGCGUGACUUGGUUUGGAACAAAUGGUCCAUACCAAAACACAAGUUUAUUGCUUGGCUUAUAUGGAAAGGGAUAAUUCUAACCAAGGACAGGCUGAGUAGAUUCAUGGACAUUGACACCAAGUGUGUGCUGUGUGAGGAGGAGGUAGAAUCUGCUGACCACCUUUUCUGUACGUGCUCUUUUGUUGUAUCAGUGCACAAGGCCCUUCGUCCUUGGUUGAAACAUGAUUUAGUUUCUACAUCACUAACUGAGUUGAAGGAAAAAAUGUGGAAAGGAAAGAAUAGGAAGGACAGACUGUGGAUUGCUUCGAGCAUAGUAUCCUGCUGUUAUUAUGUGUGGAAGGCAAGGAAUUCCAAGCUUCAUAACAAGAGAGAAGAAACUAGUGCAAAAGUUGCUGAAGAGGUGAAGACUGUGUUAGCCAUGGCAGUGAACAGAAGAGACUGAAUCAAUGAGGUUUAUCCAUUGGUGGUGUUUGUAGUUUGUAGUAGUAUGUGUUUAGUGUAUUCUGCCCAGGUCUUGGGUUUGUAUGAACGUUUUGGUUUUAAUAAAUUGUGCUUUGUUCA